AUGGCUCUUCCUACGAACGGACGCGUUAUCGUCGACACGACUGCUGGAGAGAUCGACAUCGAGCUGUGGUCGAAGGAAGCUCCGAAGGCAUGUCGGAAUUUUAUUGCGCUUGCGCUCGAGGGGUACUACGACGGGGUCAUAUUUCACCGAAUCGUGCCCAACUUCCUCGUGCAGACGGGCGACAGGACGGGCACAGGCGCGGGCGGCGAGUCGUUCUACGGCGAGCCGUUCGAGGACGAGGUGCAUCCGCGGCUCAAGUUCACGCAUCGCGGGCUGGUGGGGAUGGCGAACGGGGGUGCGAAGCAUUCGAAUGAUUCGCAGUUUUUUAUCACGCUUGAUAGGGCGGACGAGCUGAACGGGAAGCAUACGCUGUUUGGAAGGUGUGUGGGGGAUACGCUGUACAAUGUUUUGAAGAUUGGCGAAUCAGAGAUUGGAAAGGACGAGCGCCCCGUCUACCCGCCAAAGAUCAAGACCGUCCGGAUCGUCGACAACCCUUUCGACGACAUCGUACCGCGCAUCACGGCCGCGGAGAAGCGCGCGCAGCACCGGGCGCGCGAGCAGGCGCAGAAGGAGCGGGAGGAGGAGGUACGCCUGCGGGGGGCGAAGAAGUGCGUGUUCUCCCUCUGCUUCCUGACCGCGACCCCACUCUGUUUUUCGUGUUUUGUGCUGAUGGAGGAGGCGACAGGAACGUGA